UCACGUGACCGGCUUUGCUGCUACGUGUUCGCCUCGUCUGCCAAAUCUUCGAAAGUACCGUACAGUUUGUGACACGAAGGGCCACACAUUUUACAUAACGGUUGCAAGUGAAGUGCGUAUAAAGCACUUUGUGCAUUUUCUGUUCAAUUUUACAACCCAACCAACAUGGGGAUAAAGUUUUUGGAAGUUAUUAAGCCGUUCUGCAGUAUACUGCCCGAAAUAGCAAAGCCAGAACGAAAGAUUCAAUUUAGAGAGAAAGUACUAUGGACUGCCAUUACGCUAUUUAUUUUCUUAGUAUGCUGUCAAAUUCCUCUAUUUGGAAUUAUGAGUUCAGAUUCGGCCGAUCCAUUCUACUGGAUUCGUGUCAUCCUCGCCUCAAACAGAGGUACACUUAUGGAGCUUGGUAUUUCUCCGAUCGUUACAUCGGGCCUCAUCAUGCAACUGCUAGCCGGUGCGAAAAUUAUUGAGGUUGGUGAUACGCCGAAGGACCGAGCUCUGUUUAACGGUGCACAGAAAUUAUUUGGCAUGGUGAUAACAGUCGGGCAAGCUAUCGUCUACGUAAUGACGGGCAUGUACGGGGACCCCGCCGAAAUUGGAGCUGGUGUCUGCCUGCUUAUUAUCAUUCAACUGUUUGUCGCCGGAUUGAUUGUGUUGUUACUGGACGAAUUGCUACAAAAAGGAUACGGUCUUGGGUCCGGUAUUUCACUCUUCAUUGCAACAAAUAUUUGCGAGACAAUUAUCUGGAAGGCCUUCUCACCUGCAACCGUCAACACCGGAAGAGGAACAGAAUUCGAGGGAGCCGUCAUCGCCCUAUUCCAUCUCAUUACGACACGUCAAGAUAAAGUUCGUGCACUCCGUGAAGCCUUCUACCGUCAAAAUCUACCCAACUUGAUGAAUCUGCUUGCCACAAUUCUCGUAUUUGCGAUAGUAAUUUACUUCCAAGGAUUCAGAGUGGACCUACCCAUCAAGAGCGCAAGAUACCGCGGACAAUACUCAAGCUAUCCCAUUAAACUGUUUUACACUUCAAACAUUCCAAUUAUUCUACAAUCUGCUCUCGUUUCCAAUUUGUACGUCAUUUCACAAAUGUUAGCAGUGAAGUUCCACGGUAACUUCCUGGUCAAUAUGCUGGGUGUGUGGGCCGAUGUAGGUGGUGGCGGUCCUGCCCGUUCGUAUCCCAUAGGGGGGUUGUGUUACUAUCUCAGUCCCCCAGAGAGUGUAGGGCACAUACUGGAAGAUCCCGUACACGCAGUUAUGUACAUAAUCUUCAUGUUGGGAUCAUGCGCAUUCUUCUCCAAGACGUGGAUUGAAGUUUCCGGCAGCUCCGCCAAGGAUGUAGCAAAACAACUGAAGGAGCAGGAAAUGAUCAUGCGUGGUCAUAGAGAUAAUUCUAUGAUUCACGAAUUGAACAGAUAUAUCCCAACAGCAGCUGCCUUUGGUGGACUGUGUAUUGGUGCUCUCUCGGUCCUUGCCGAUUUCCUUGGGGCAAUUGGAUCCGGUACUGGUAUCCUUUUGGCUGUGACCAUUAUAUAUCAGUACUUUGAAAUUUUCGUUAAAGAACAGAGUGAAAUGGGUGGAAUGGGUUCAUUGCUAUUUUAAUUUUUGUUUUUGAUUAUAUAUUUAUAAAUUGCAGUUUUGUCUAUUCAAUUGUGGAAGGAUGUACUUUCAUGACCAAUGUGAUUUGUUGAGCAAAUGUUUUUAUCUUCGUAUCUGAGUUAUAAGGGACUUUGUUGAAUAGAUAUAAAGAUAGCGAAUAUUUGUAUACAUUUGUGAGACUUCAUUUUUGUACAAAAACAUAGACUCCAUUUUUUUAUACUAAUACAUUUUAAAUCCUCAUUAGUCUAUUCAUUGUACAUCUACAUUAAUGUUAUACAUGUUGUAUAUUUAUAGUUAUCGACUGUCCUAGUGGGAUGUGUUAAGAUUAUUAUUUCAUACGGUAUGGUUGUGCAAAUGAACACUUAAUAAAUGAGAAUGAGUAUUUAUAAUAA